GCGACUUCUACCUGUGCUACUACGUAGGUCACAAGGGCAAGUUUGGACACGAGUCUCUGGAGUUUGAGUUUCGGCUGGACACAGUUUUUGCUGUUAUAGAUUGAAUUUUUUUCCACUUCCCACAGGAAAACUUAGAUAUGCCAACAACAGCAAUUAUAAAAAUGAUGUCAUGAUCAGAAAGGAGGCUUAUGUUCACAAGAGUGUAAUGGAAGAAUUGAAGAGAAUUAUUGAUGACAGUGAAAUUACAAAAGAAGAUGAUGCUUUGUGGCCUCCCCCUGACAGGGUUGGUUGGCAGGAGCUUGAAAUUGUAAUUGGAGAUGAACACAUUUUGUUUACCACAUCAAAAAUAGGUUCUCUUAUUGAUGUUAAUCAGUCAAAGGAUCCUGAAGGCCUUCAAGUAUUUUACUAUUUGGUACAGGACCUGAAAUGUUUAGUUUUUAGUCUUAUUGGAUUACAUUUCAAGAUUAAACCAAUCUAAAUUGUCUGUUUUUUUCAGACUGUGUUUAUAUUUAAA